CAUCGGCCUAUCGCUGCUCUCCUUCACGCUUACGACGACACCCGGAAGCAGCGACCUGACUGCUUUGUUUUGUUUUGGUAGUGGGAGUUGGGUGAGAGGCAGACAGACGAGCAGGCGGCGGUACGCAUGGGAGAGAGCCGCUCUCUAAAUGGGGAGAGCUAAAUCGGGAAUGGAAAAUGACGGCCCGAUAGCUGACGCCUGUAAAAUGCCGAGUUUCAUCAGCGGCAUCGAGGAGGGGAGGGUGAAAUUGUCCCGCAACCUGCCGACACAAACUUCCCUCACGGACGGUAAAGUUGAGCGGACGCUCGGAGAUUUGAGCCGACGUGUCACCAGGUCAAACUCUCGGCUAUCGCUGGACGAAAGCGACAGGGACCCGGGGGGGAAGGAUGCGGAGGGCAACAACAACAACAACUGCAACGGCGGAGGGAGAGCGAGGAGGAGGGCGAGCGCUGUCGACAUCCUGAGGAAGAAUUUCGGGGAUUCAAAAUCUCCCUCUUUCCGUCUUAACAGAGGCAGUCGGAUGCAGUACGGAGCCGAGCUUGAAAACCACGAAGGAAACGUUAACGACACUCAAGAUUAUGUACCUGAUUGUAGCGGGUCUACAAAGUCGGACGUAGAAACGGGCGAAGCCGAGGUGGAAAACGAACCAACCUCGAGCGAGUUACCGAGUUUGGGUGUUCGGGCAGUUGAAUUGUUAACCGUUACAGGUCAGCACCAUCAUACGUGUGACAACAGCGGCAGCACGGCCACUCCGGAGGGGUCUGUCAGUGCCAAAGAGCACGUCUACUGCACCGUUUACUGCAUUGCCAACGACAGCCAUAGACAAGACGCCGAAAUCACGGACCGCUCCGAUGACACGGUCGCACCAGACGCGUCAGAACGGGACUUGGAGACUGGGCAGGAUGCGGGUUCGAGUCUCGAGCCGCAACCGUACACAGUGGACGACCUGGUGGAUCCUUUCGGGGACUUGUCCCACCGGCUGUCCGCGGAGCAGGCCGGCGCCGAGGGUGCGAUGCAGAGUUGCCGGGUGUGCAUGGAAGAGAAAACCAUCGCACCCCUGCCCUGCUGCAGGAAGGCCGUGUGUGACGAGUGUCUGAAACUCUACGUCAGCUCCCAGGUGCGAGUGGGGAAAGCUCUUAUCAGCUGUCCGAUCACGGAGUGUAGUGGCAACCUGGAGGAAGGACUGGUGAUUUCCCAUUUGACCAAAGAGGAGGUGGCAAAAUAUCGUUACUUCUUGGAGCUGAGUCAGCUGGAUUCGAGCACAAAGCCCUGCCCCCAGUGCAGUCAGUUCACUUCUCUCAAGACGCACACCCCCAACCGCUCCGAGCACAAGUAUAAAAUCCAGUGUAGCAAUUGCCAGUUUGUGUGGUGCUUUAAAUGCCACGCACCUUGGCACGACGGGCUCAAAUGCCGCGACUACAGGAAAGGAGACAAGCUGCUACGUACCUGGGCGAGCGUCAUUGAGCACGGACAGAGAAACGCCCAGAAAUGCCCCAAGUGCAAGAUUCAUAUUCAGCGUACGGAGGGAUGCGAUCACAUGACCUGUGUGCAGUGCAACACCAACUUCUGUUACCGCUGCGGAGAGCGCUACAGACACCUGAGCAGAUUUUUUGGGGACCACACAUCCAACCUCAGUGUGUUUGGCUGCAAGUAUCGCUAUCUCCCCGAUAAACCUCAUCUGAGACGGCUAAUUAGAGGCUCUGUCUGUGCCUCUAAGGUGCUGAUAGCUCCUGUGGUCAUUCUGCUGGUCGUGGUGCUCGGAGCUCUCGCACUGGUGAUAGGGUUGGUUGUUUUCCCGAUUUAUUACGUGUGCAAGAAGAGGAAGAAGCAGCAGCGCACCAGAGGCUCCGGACGAUGGAUCUGAAGCUCGUCCUUCUUUCCACGCAGACCUCACACACACACACACACACACACACACACACACACACACACACACACACACACACACACACACACACGGUUUGGAAAGACAACACCCGCACCUCCUCAGGGACAGACCUCCCAGCCUGAGUCAUCACAAAACUCUUGAGAUGAGCAACACAAACUAAACACUGGCAGUUAGGAAGGACCUCAGGUGGAAUGAUGUACCUAAAUCUAUAACGUGAGGACUACAUGAAUGCACAUCUUUACAUCUGGAUUAUUGCUCUCAAGUGGGACUACUGCAAAAUGAAUGCUGGAUAUUUACGCAGAAGAGUAAUUAAAAAAAAAAAAGUUAAAAAAAAAAAAGCAACCCCCCCCCGAUCAGCUGCUGUCUUGCACAGUGCUCGUCACAUAGAGGAUGUUAAAUGCAGGAACUUCUGAGGACUUUCUUGGAUACACUGCAGGAAGUUUAAAUCAGUGCACAUUUUCCACGAAUGUCACACUUUUUAUUUCAUUAUUUUAAAGGAGAACAACCAUAAAUCGCAGCUUAAACAGCUGCAGUUUGGUUUGCGCCCUUGCUUUCCUACCUGCGGUUAGUUUGACGCUGAGAUGUAGGAAUACUGUGGACACGAGGCUUUGAUUGUGUCGGAUACCGGUAAUUAUGAAGGUGCCAGAAAUGCCAGCUGCACGGUGAUAGCAGAGCCUCGCGGAUGAAAAAGAAGGAAAUACGUUUUUAUUCAUUUGCAAAGGUUGUUUUUGCCGCUGUUGGCUGCAGGAAAAAAGGGUGAGAAAUGGAAAUGAAUUUGAAACAAGCACUGAUAUCAAGUUCUCACCGAUGCAACGCAAGCUGGACCUCAAUUUUUCCCAGCGUAGGUCAGAUAUUUGGAAAAAUUUCCAUCGCAGUUUGAGUAUCUGGCAAACCGACAGCGUGGACAAUAAUGUCAAAGGAAGGAUGAUACUUGACUAUUCUGGGUAACAGCGACUGCCUCUCAAAUUCUCGCUAGAAGGUUUGAAGAUUGGGUGUGUACCCAACCUUAAGAGUGACGUCUGGUGUUAAAGACCGCACACACACUAACACACACGAAAGUGAAACUUUGGAAGGCCCUUUGGAGUUCUAACAAGCCUCUGUUGUUUUCUGUUAUGGUUUUCCAUCAAACCUUCAUCCUGUCUGUCCCCGUCUCUCUUGCUGUCUUUUUGUCCCACCUCUCUGUCUGUCUGUCUGAGCUGAUGCUGGUUUACACUCUCCCUCUCUGCAUGGCAUGUUGUUUCCAGUGAGCCUACAUGCUGUAUGCCAGUAUCUGCAUCAUCAAAAAAAAAGGAGCUGCUGUGCCAAAACAAAGCGCUGAAUAUGGCGGGAUAGACGGUUUACCGUUUCCCUUUGUUAUUUGUUUUGUUUUUAUUGUUCUUUUAGACGUGAACUUUUGCAGGGGUGUCGAUGAGGUGUAAUGGAGUGUGCACAAGAAAUGGGGAUCAAAACAAGCUGUAGAAGUACGGUAGAUAGUUGGAAAGUGCUCAGAAGACCAGAAACUGACUGAAAAGACAGAGAAUAGAAUGUAGAGUUAGGCCCGCGGUUUACCAAAGAGCUAAACAGGGUGUUAUUGUUCUUAAGGUCAUCCAGUUUAUUUGGAUGUCAGCUGUAUGUGGAUAAGUUUUGUGUUUGGUUUUUUUUGUUUGUUUGUUUGUUUGAAGCUGUCUGCCUGCUUGACAGUUUGGAUAGUGACAAAGCAGUUUUGAUGCAAACCUCUGAAUUCAUUCGCACUGGCACGAGAGAGAGUGCGCACAGCGAGCGCUGCCAGGAAACGACAGAUUUUUAAGAGCUUUAAAGGUCGCCACCUGGCAGCAGUCAGCCAGCUGCUCUCUCCACUUAUCCUGUCACUCUUUUUGGUUUUUGCUUUAUUUCAUUUUUUUUUAUAUAUACCUUUGAUGCCUCGUGAUUGUCCUUUAACAUCUUUUGUCCGUGCCGCUGCCCCGUGAGGUGUGACUGGACUCUGACCUCAGCUGUGAGUGGAUGUGGAGAGGCGGGUGAUUACAGUACAGGUGGAAAGUUUGUGUCUGUGCAUCCGUAGCAGUUGCUGUCGGAGCGAAUAUUACAGCACGUUUCAUCACUGAAGCAGAUGAUUGGAUGAUUUGCAGUGCAAUGCCAUUAACUGGGAUUUAUCCCAUGACCUGAUCUCUUUUCUACAUCUGGGAGUUAACACAUACAACGUGUCAGCUGUAGGCGCAAUAUACAUACACAGAUUGUUACACACCCGAUCUGAACAACCACAACAGGGUCACGAUUCUGGGUUUGAAUCUGUUCUCAGGAAGUUUGCUUUUCUCUUCACUGUAACCCAGAGACUCCCAUCUUACCUGAGCUGUGCCACAGAUAUCCUCAACUGCACUCUAGAGUCGCAGCUCUUCCUGAUGCCUGGAGCUUCAGGGAUUAGAAACCCUGGUUUAAAUUCCAGGAAGUAAAACCACUGUAGUGUCAAAAGAAGAUCAAACUGUCUGGGUGCAGCCGCCACUGUCCGGUCUGCACUCUGGUCACGGGUUAAACCUGUACAUUACAAUAUGUAUUAGUAAAUCAGCAGCAUGGAGGCGGGUGUGCAAUGAAUGGGCCAAACUGAAUGCUUUUAACAUUUACUCACAUGCAUUUCAUGCAGGCACGUUUCAGCUACACUGGUGUAUUGAAUUGCUGCUUGUUUUUUUUUGUUUUUUUUUUUAAAGUUAUUAAAUGGUUGACAGAGAAUAUGUCCUUUAGACUAUUGUCCUUUAGCAUUUUCCUAAAUUUAAAUUUUUCUUUAAUGGUUAGCUCGUAGAAAAAAAAAGAUGGCAAAUUUGCCUUUUGUUUUUGGGGUUUUUUUGUAAAUACAGAUAAUUGAGGUCUUAUGGGAUGGUUCUUUUCCAUGUCACAUCAGGUUUUUACCCUUUUAUACACAUCUGUGUUGCAUAACUCUGCCCAGUGCUAAUGCCAUGCAGAAAUCCCAUCUUUGUUGUUACUGUUGUUGUGUUACUAUAGCCAGGAGCUCUUUGGUUAAAGCUGUAACCAGAAGCUGCUCUGUAUAUUCAUUUAGUGACAUUAGAGUUGUUUCAGGUCAUGAUUUUUUUCCCCUUGCUGGGAAGCAUUGGCUGGUUGACACCCAUGGUCUUUGUUUUGUUUAUAUGACAUUCCCGGUUUUAUUGGCAUAAAUAUGCAAUGGUGCCUUCACAUCAACAAUAGAUCAGAUUACCAACUUUUUAUUCAGGGUCCUGCAAAUAUUACAGACAAGGGUGCAGUCUUAUCAGCCUGCUGUUGUAUGUGUUAUUUAUUAGAACAGUUAAUAGAGCAGUACAACAGGCUUCUUGAUGUAAAAUAAAUUUGUCUGAAACUACUGUUGAAGGAAUAUAUAUUUAUGGAUGUCUUACCCAUACCACACAGAAGAUAUGCAGAUGACUCAGUGUUUUCCUGCUAAAAAUAUGUUUUAUAGCUUCAGAUUAAACUAAACUUCUGAAAUUUUAUAAGUGCCACAAUGCAGUGGGUUUCGCUACAUCCCAAAUACUCUUUGUACCUUUUUGCACAAGUUACUCUGUCACCAUGUUUCCGACUCGCUCUUUGGAUUAAUUCGAGGAGGCUAUUGCACUCAUCAGAUGAAUAUAAUUUAAGGCCAACACGGGACUAACCCUGUCUCGAUGAAAGAGUUAAUCACGCCAAAAAAAAAACGAUUUCAGUGUCAUUUCAGCAUAAGUUUGACUCAGGACAAGUGAUGUUGCAAUAUGGUGGUGUACUAUCAGUAACAUCGGGUUGGGUUUUCCCUAUCUAGACAUGCAAAGUUGUUGGAACGACAACAGCAGCAGGUUUAUGUGUACACGCCACACAGUUAUCCACGGGUAUUCCUAUUCAAGGAAAUGUUAGAGACGCUUGAUGAGUAUGUUCCUUGUUUUCACCAGGAAAACCUUCUUCCACCUGCUGAAACAUCUGCUAGUAAUAUUUGUUAUUGUUGCUCACUUAGCCAGGCACAAACACUGUUUUCUCCUGAACAUUUGCUUUAUUAACGGAGAAUAAAGUAAAGUAAGUCAAAUGCCAAAGUG